UCUCUCCGGGCCUCCAGGCCGGGCCUCGCGCAGCCCCCUGCGGCCCCGCAGCGCCGGGAGGGCGGACAGCCGGCCGAGGCCUGCGAGGAGGAGGCGGCGCACGAACCCGCGGAGCCCGGAGCCCCGGAGCAUGAGCACCCCAAAUUCCAGCCAUCUAGACUCUAGGUCUAAGAAGAGACUGGCUCCAAGAAGGACAAGAUCCUGCCAGGACGUGUAGAGGUCAGACCUCAAGAAUCGUUCAUCAACUCCUCCACAUUGAGCAUCUACUACAUGCCAGGUGUUCCAGGAGGAGGCCUGGAGAUGGAGGACUACAUGGAGACUCUGAAGGACGAGGAGGACGCCCUAUGGGAGAACGUGGAAUGCAAUCGGCACAUGCUCAGUCGCUACAUCAACCCGGCCAAGCUCACGCCCUACCUGCGGCAGUGCAAGGUCAUUGAUGAGCAGGAUGAGGACGAAGUGCUGAGUGCGCCCACCCUGCCCUCCAAGAUCAACCGCGCAGGCCGAUUGCUGGACAUCCUGCAUACCAAGGGGCAAAGGGGUUACGUGGUCUUCUUGGAGAGCCUAGAAUUUUACUACCCAGAACUGUACAAGCUGGUGACAGGGAAGGAGCCCACUCGAAGAUUCUCUACCAUCGUGGUGGAGGAGGGCCACGAGGGCCUCACGCACUUCCUGAUGAACGAGGUCAUCAAGCUGCAGCAGCAGAUGAAGGCCAAGGACCUGCAGCGCUGCGAGCUGCUGGCCAAGGCGCGGCAGCUGGAGGACGAGAAGAAGCAGCUGCUGCUGACCCGGGUGGAGCUGCAGACCUUCCAGGACCGCUGCCACAAGAUGCGGGAGGAGCGCGACUGCUACAACGACGAGCUGGUCAAGGUCAAGGACGACAACUACAACCUAGCCAUGCGCUACGCCCAGCUCAGCGAGGAGAAGAACAUGGCGGUGAUGAGGAGUCGGGACCUCCAGCUCGAGAUCGAUCAGCUGAAGCACCGACUAAACAAGAUGGAGGAGGAAUGCAAGCUGGAAAGAAACCAGUCGCUGAAACUGAAGAAUGACAUUGAGAGCCGGCCCAAGAAAGAGCAGGUCCUGGAGCUGGAGCGGGAGAACGAGAUGUUGAAGACCAAGAUCCAGGAGCUGCAGUCUGUCAUCCAGGCUGGCAAGCGCAGCCUUCCGGACUCAGACAAAGCCAUCCUGGAUAUCUUGGAACAUGACCGGAAGGAGGCACUGGAGGACCGGCAGGAGCUUGUCAAUAAGAUCUACAACCUUCAGGAGGAGGUGCGCCAGGCCGAAGAGCUGCGCGACAAGUACCUGGAGGAGAAGGAGGACCUGGAACUGAAGUGCUCCACGCUGGGCAAGGACUGCGAGAUGUACAAGCACCGCAUGAACACCGUCAUGCUGCAGCUGGAGGAGGUGGAGCGGGAGCGAGACCAGGCCUUCCACUCCCGCGACGAAGCCCAGACGCAGUACUCACAGUGCUUGCUAGAGAAGGACAAGUACCGGAAGCAGAUCCGAGAGCUGGAGGAGAAGAACGACGAGAUGCGCAUUGAGAUGGUGCGGCGCGAGGCCUGCAUCGUCAACCUAGAGAGCAAGCUCCGCCGCCUGUCCAGGGACAACAGCAGCCUGGACCAGAGUCUACCCCGGAACCUGCCAGCUGCUAUCAUCAACCACAACUUCGGGGACACAAGCCCCAGGACCAACGGGCAGGAAGCAGAUGACUCCUCCACCUCUGAGGACUCGCCGGAGGACAGCAAGUACUUCCUGCCCUACCACCCUCCCCGGCGCAGGAUGAACCUGAAGGGCGUCCAGCUGCAGAGAACCAAGUCCCCCAUCAGCCUGAAGCGGGUGUCGGAGGCUCAAGGGAAGGGGGCAGAAGAUGACUGCACGGGCUGCAGCCCCAGCUCCUCCCGCUCGCUCCCGGCCACUGGCUCCUUCUGCGAUAUGCAACCCCACCGCAGCCGAAGCAGCCUCAUGUCCACCACAGCUGAGCCCCCAGGGACCGACUCCAUUGUCAGGCGCUGCAAGGAGGACACGCCUCACCGCAGCAUCGUGGAAGAGGAUAACGACAGCGGUGGCUUUGAUACCUUGGACCUGGAUGAUGACAGUCAUGAACGCUGCUCCUUCGGGCCCCCCUCCAUCCACUCCUCCUCCUCCUCCCACCAGUCGGAGGGCCUGGAUGCCUACGAUCUGGAGCAGGUCAACCUCAUGUUUAGAAAGUUCUCUCUAGAAAGACCCUUCCGGCCCUCGGUGACAUCAGGGGGCCAUGUACGGGGCCCUGGGGCCUCAGUGCAACACACGACACUCAACGGCGACGGCCUGAUUGGCCAGCUCACCCUGCUGGGGGGCAACGCCCGGGGCAGCUUCAUCCAUGCUGUCAAGCCGGGCUCUGUGGCAGAGAGGGCUGGACUACACGAGGGCCACCAACUGCUGCUGCUGGAAGGAUGCAUCCGAGGGGAAAGGCAGAGUGUCCCCCUGGACACGUGCACGAAGGAGGAGGCCCGCUGGACCAUCCAGAGGUGCAGCGGCCCCAUCACCCUGCACUACAAGGUCAACCAUGAAGGGUACCGGAAGCUUCUGAAGGACAUGGAGGAGGGCGUGAUCACGUCGGGGGACUCGUUCUACAUCCGGCUCAACCUGAACAUCUCCAGCCAGCUGGACGCCUGCUCCCUGUCUCUUCGGUGCGAUGAUGUGGUGCAUGUGCAUGACACCAUGUACCAGGACAGACACGAGUGGCUGUGCGCCCGUGUCGACCCCUUCACAGACCAUGACCUGGACAUGGGCACCAUACCCAGCUAUAGCCGGGCCCAGCAGCUCCUCCUGGUCAAGCUACAGCGUCUGGUCCACCGGGGAAUCCGGGAGGAGACAGAUGGUGCCCACCACACACUGAGAACCCUCCGGAAUACCCUGCAACCUGAAGAGCUUCCCUCCUCCAGCGACCCCCGUGUCAGCCCCCGCCUGUCCAGAGCCAGUUUCUUCUUCGGCCAACUCCUCCAGUUUGUCAGCAGAUCUGAAAAUAAGUACAAGCGAAUGAACAGCAAUGAGCGUGUCCGGAUCAUCCCGGGGGGUCCCCUAGGCAGCCUGGCCCGGUCCUCGCUGGAUGCCACCAAGCUCUUGGCAGAGAAGCAUGAAGAGCUGGACCCGGAGAAUGAACUCAGCAAGAACCUCAGCCUCACCCCCUACAGCUUGGUGCGUGCCUUCCACUGCGAGCGCCGGCGGCCUGUGCUCUUCACACCCACGGUGCUGGCCAAGACACUGGUUCAGAAGCUGCUCAACUCGGGAGGUGCCAUGGAGUUCACCAUCUGCAAGUCAGAUAUAGUUACAAGAGAAGAGUUCCUCAAAAGGCAGAAGACAGAGCCCAUAAUCUACUCCCGGGAGAAGAAUGCCAACACUUUCGAGUGCAUUGUCCCAGCCAACAUCCAAGCAGUGGCAGCCAAGAACAAGCACUGCCUGCUGGAGGCUGGGAUUGGCUGUGUGCGAGACCUGAUCAAAUGCAGGAUCUACCCCAUCGUGCUGCUCAUACGUGUGUCAGAGAGGAACAUCAAGAGAUUCAGAAAGCUGCUGCCCCGGCCGGAAACGGAGGAAGAGUUCCUGCGUGUGUGCCGGCUGAAGGAGAAGGAGCUGGAGGCCCUGCCCUGCCUCUAUGCCACGGUGGAGGCCGACGCGUGGAGCAGUGUGGAGGAGCUGCUGCGUGUCCUCAAGGACAAGAUCACUGAGGAACAGCGCAAGACUGUCUGGGUAGAUGAGGACCAACUGUGAGCCAGGGCCCGCAGGCACUGACUCCAUGAUGCCGAGUCAGCCUGGCCGGGCUCUGCCCUCCUACUGCGGAGUCCCAGGAGACAGGCACAUCUGGGGAGGAGCAGGUGGCAGCUCAGUGGCCAGGGCCAGCCCCGGACGGGACACAACACAGGAGGCCCCGGCCAGAAGGCCCUUACCUCAGCCGGAAAGCCGUUGAAUGUAUCGUAUAGGGGUUUUGUACAGAGUGGGGCUUCUGCUGGCCCUCGGGACGUACCAUCAGCCAUUGCCCGGGCAGAGCAGGGCUGCAGAAGACAGUGGCCAUGCUGUUGUUUCUGUUGCAUUAAAAUCUCUCUCCAGUCUAUUCCAUUCAGUGCUCUGCAGAGGGUUCUGUCUGACUGGCCAGCUUGGCUCAAGCCACAAGGGACUCAGGGCCAUGUGGAGACCCAGGAGGCCCCCUGCGGGGGAGGUGCCCAACUUAGAUAUUG